CCCUAAAUUUGUUUAACAUCUGUCAACCGUCAAAAUGCGAUAAAUGGAGAUGUCUCGUUUACUAAUUGUGUUAAUUUCGCACAUUUUCAACUCAAAAGUUAUGGAUUAGCUACUGAAAUAUGGGUGCAAAUAUUUCCCAAUUGGAACGAGAUAUUGGUUCAGAACAGUUUCCUUGCAACGAGCAUUACUUUGGUUUAGUUAAUUUUGGAAAUACAUGCUACAGCAAUUCGGUGCUUCAGGCUUUGUACUUUUGUAAGCCAUUUAGGGAUAAGGUUUUAGAAUAUAAAGCUAAAAACAAAAGGACUAAAGAGACAUUACUUACAUGCCUUGCAGACCUAUUUCACAGUAUAGCCACCCAAAAAAAGAAAGUAGGCUCUAUAGCACCAAAAAAAUUUAUAGCAAGGCUACGAAAAGAAAAAGAGGAAUUUGACAAUUACAUGCAGCAAGAUGCACAUGAGUUUUUAAAUUUUCUCAUCAACCAUAUUAGUGAAAUUAUAUUAGCUGAAAGACAACAGAAUUCAACUACAAAUAAUGUGAAAUCAAAAGCAUCAGGCGAAAAUGGGACAGCCCAUAGUCCGCCUGAGCCUACGUGGGUACAUGAAAUUUUCCAGGGUAUACUGACCAGUGAAACGAGGUGUUUAAAUUGCGAGAACGUUAGCAGUAAAGACGAAGAUUUUUUCGACCUUCAAGUAGACAUCGAACAGAAUACGAGCAUAACGCACUGUCUAAGGUGUUUUAGUAACACCGAAACGUUAUGUAGCGACAACAAAUUCAAAUGUGAUAACUGCAGCAGUUACCAAGAGGCGCAGAAGUGUAUGCGCGUCAAAAAAUUACCUAUGAUACUAGCGUUACACCUCAAAAGGUUUAAAUACAUGGAGCAGUACAAUAGGCAUAUUAAAGUUUCUCACAGAGUGGUCUUUCCUUUAGAACUUAGGUUAUUUAAUACGUCGGAUGAUGCACUGAAUCCAGAUAGACUUUAUGAUCUUGUAGCUGUUGUGAUACACUGUGGUAGCGGACCUAAUAGAGGACAUUAUAUAAGCAUUGUCAAAAGCCACGGAUUUUGGCUUCUUUUUGACGAUGAUCAAGUCGAUAAAAUUGACGCUUCUACAAUAGAAGACUUCUACGGCCUGACUGCAGACACCCAAAAAUCGUCUGAAACCGGCUACAUAUUGUUCUACCAAAGCCGAGAAAGCUUAUGAACUCUAGUGCAACUCGCCUUAUCGGAAGGGGAGGGCGUUUCCUCUCUCUCGAAGUACAAAUAGCCCCCUCCCUCUCUUUCACAGAGUAACCCAGUUCAGGCCAGUUCCCAGAGUAUAUUUUUUUUACUAACAAUGCAAAAUUGUUAAUUCACCAAAGCGACUAUAUGUAUCUGUGCCGAUGGAGAUUGAGUAAAAGAAUGUGAGCUUUUAUUUAAAAAUUGGUAAAGAGGAGACUCAAAAUUACUUUACAUUUUAGAAAUCAAUAAGCAGGAUGAAUAAAAAAUGGUUUAGUAGAUUACUUACACAGUAUUUACUAUCUGUAUAUUGUAUCCUCUUUUUAUGAAACCACUUUUAACAUUUACAAUUAACGUUUUAUAUUUUUCUAUAUAACUAUUUUUCUUCUAUGUAAAGUCCUGUUUCAAAAGAUUUAGUUAC